GCUGCAACACUACUUUCAAUCUCAAUUGCACCAUGGGGUUUCCACUUUCCUUAAAUGACACAGAAAACAGUGAAGGCCAGAAUACAGCUUCAGGCAAAAACAACAGUUCCAAUAUUUUGUUAAUUUUCAUUGUGGUUCUUCUGGUUGCAAUUAUACUGCUAUUGAUUAUGUACUAUAAGACAUCCAGAAAGCUCAGUAAAAUAGUGAACGGGCAGGUUCCAGCGGUUGAAGAAAAAGAGAAAGAUGUGGAGUUCAGUGCUGAGAAGAAGAUAGCUAUAGGGGAGGGGACAAUGAUGACAGUUGAAGAUAGAAAGGAGCUUGUGUUCUUCAAUGACAAGCUAAAAUUUCAAAUGGGUGAGCUUCUGAGAGCUUCUGCUGAGGCAUUGGGUCAUGGAAUCAUGGGGAAUAGUUACAAGGCUAUGCUGAAUGAUGGAUCCACCAUUGUUGUGAAGAGACUAAGGGACUUGAAACCACUCACUAAGGAGGAAUUUGAAAGGAUAGUGCAAGUGAUUGCUAAUCUAAAGCACCCAAAUUUGCUGCCAUUGCUUGCUUACUACCAUUCCAGAGAUGAGAAGCUCAUGCUCUAUAGAUAUGCAGACAAUGGAAAUCUUUUCUCCAGACUUCAUGAUGGUAGAGAUGGAAACCGGGUUCCAUUCAGCUGGAACUCAAGAUUAUCAGUAGCAAGAGGCGUGGCUCGAGCAUUGGAGUACCUUCACCUCAACAACAAGUUCCACAACAUUGUCCCUCAUGGCAACUUGAGGUCUUCUAACGUGCUCUUCGAUGCAAACGACACUGUUCUUGUUUCAGACUUCAGCCUUGCCUCCUUAAUAGCACAGCCAAUUGCAGCUCAGCACAUGGUUGUUUACAAAUCACCUGAAUAUGGGUUGGCAAGAAAGGUUACAGUGCAAUCUGAUGUUUGGAGCUAUGGUUCCCUUCUAAUAGAACUUCUAACUGGCAAAGUAUCUAUGUGCUCUGCUCCACCAGGGACCAAUGGGGUGGAUCUCUGCAACUGGGUUCACAGGGCCGUCAGAGAAGAAUGGACAGCUGAGAUCUUUGACAAAGAGAUUUCAUGCCAGAAGAGUGCACUUCAAGGGAUGCUGAGGUUGCUGCAGAUCGCAAUGCGUUGCAUCGAGAGGCUCCCAGAGAAACGUCCUGCGAUGAGAGAGGUGGUGAGAGAAGUGGAGAAGAUACAUACUCCUGUGAUCAAUGACGAUGAGGAUGAUGCAUCUGGUGACAGGUCUUUCACUGUCACGGACGAUUCCUUUUCAACCAGUGCCUCUGGGAUCAUCGGAGAUGAAAGAUAG